CCCCCCCCUGCUAGCCACAUCGCCUCAGGCACCUCUCCCCUGCUCUUUCCUUGUCCCUCUCUCCUCGCACGGCCCUCGCCACGAUGUUCACGCUCACUCCUGGCCUGCAGUCGGGCCUGGCCCUGCUAAAUAACAUCCCCGAUGACAAGCCACUCGAUGACUUCCUCAAGCGCAUCAUCCGGAAGCUCCACGCCCCAGAUGAGGUGGCCUUCGGCGACAAGGUCAAGGCCAAUCUGCAGGGGUUCUUCGGGCUUGCCUCCGUGGAGGAGGUGGACCUGCUGAUCUCCACCUCGACGUACAUCCUGCAAACGGCCGCCCUGCAUGUGGCACGGCCGAAGAAGUUCUAUACCUCCCUGCUGGACAUGACCUCCGACGGGACGGCCCACCUGGCGUCCACCGGGCCGGUGGGCCUGGCCGACGCCCCGGCCCGGUCCUUCGCGCAGGUUUGGUCGCGCAUGGCCGAUCUGACCCUGGCCCGGCUGCGCCACACGUCGGCCGAGGAUCCGAAGCGCCUCGGCGGGGCCGGCGCCCCGUUUGUCCUGGAGCAGGCGUUCAUCCUCGGCUGCGGGGGCAUCGAGGACUCGACCGCCGGCCCGUCGCUGGUUUUGGCGGACGGGGCCCUGUCGGCGCGCAGCGCGGACGAGGUGUCACGCAUGCGCCUGGUCGUGCGUGACACUCGGGCCCCGGCCGCCGGAGCGCGCCUCGGCGACGAUGAGGAUGCAUCCGCUUCCGCGGACCCCGGUGCCGGCCUCGAGACCAUCGAGUUCGAGAUCGACCAGAACACCCUACUCACGCUCUUCGAGCAGAUCGAGACCAUCCAGUCGCAGCUGGACAUCUUUUCCGGCUCCGGGAAGUGAGGCCGCGAAUCGCCGUCCGGCUGUGCGCCCGGCUUCCGCUCUGGCCUGGCGUUCAUGCGGCAUUUAUCUCCAUCUCCCUCUCCUCCUCCCCCUUCUCCCUGUCUCCCCAUGUCCCCGCAUCCCUACGCCACUUCCCUGUCCUUGAAUAAUGUAUCACAGUCCCCUUCCC